UUGAGUAUUUUUGUGAAGUAAAAAAACAAAUGUAACCCUAAUAUGUUCGAAGCUACUCAUCCCGGAAAAGAAAAAAGCGGAAUCACCGUAAGAAGCUUUUCUUUCUAAGUAGAAUAAUUUCGAAAAUCUGAAAACCAUCUUUGUUUCUCUUACUUCGAAAAUACUCAAGGUGGCGAUAGUGAUAUUGAUCUACCCUAUAUAUAUAUAUAUAUAUAUAUAUAUAUAUAUAUAUAUAUAUACACACACACACACACACACACAUACAUACAGUUCUUUCAGAACUAAGAUUUAGUUACUUUAAUUAUACAUUUAAGUCAUUAAACCAGAUUCUAGCAAUUUAAUAUCAAAUCUUGACAGUAGAAAAUGAAAUACUCGUUAACUACUACUAGCUAUUAUUAGCUAGUAUUACUAGCUUGUUCCCAAGAAGAAAAUUGUUUAUGUAACUUUAUAUUUUUUACAUUAACGUUUUUAUCGCUUCAUAAGCAUUAAAUCAAUGAAUCUGCAUUAUUCGGUGAUUAAAACAUGAUUCAUUUUUCAGUUCAAUUACUAGUACCGGCAUUUUUCUAAUAUCCUAUUGAAAUUAUGAUUGAUAUUUAUUGAUUAUUUUAUUUCCUAUUAUUUUUCAAUUGCUGGCAAAACGUUUUGGUAGUUAUUUUAUUGAUUAAUAAAAAUGUAAAACUAAUCGUGCUGUCUUACUAACUCAUUAGGACAUUUACCUUAUGCGACGAAUAUCGAUAGGUGAUAUAUAUUAAUAUAAGUACAAUUAAUAGUUACCAAAUAUUUCGUUACCUUAAUAAGGUAAAUACAAGGUAAUAACAGUUACCAAAUGUUUUGUCAAACAGAACUGAAUGAUACCAAAUAUCCGAUAGUAAUCAUCGAAUACUUGACAACAGAUGUUAAAUAUUUGGUAAUUAUUGCUCAAAUCUUUAGUCCACUUGGCUGCGCUUAAAAGUCCUUUGUACACAAAAUCCACUAUGUAUUUGGUUAUUGUCAUAUUUGGCGUUAGUUACCGAGUUUUUACUAAAAUUCCGUAACUAAAUACAUUUAGCAACAAUUACCAGUCUGUUUUUUUCAGUGUAUGCGCGUGCAAGUGCCGCGCUUUCGUAUGCCCGUACAUUUGAACGCACAAAAAUGUACGCGCGUUGUGUUAUCUGCGAAAAUCCAGUAUGAAAAGUCAUAAUGACUAUCAAUAUAAGGAAAUACUUCAUAUUGCUGAUUACAUGCAUUAUCUGACCUAUGUAUUGAUAAGAUUGGUAGUAUCGGCCCGUAAAUAUCAAAACCCGUACGCAGUACAGUGUCGGGACUCGACUUGGAGGUGGACAUUGGUACCGUAUCGAUAUGUUCGCUUCUGCGACAGUAUAUUUUCGCGCGGCGCUAUUAUGCCGCGCAUAAUCGCUCGCGCGAAACCGCACGAGUCGAUGCCGCGGAAUCGUCGCGUCGAUAAAUCGCGCGUUGAAUUAUGUUGGCGCGAGUGGCGUUUUGAGUAAUCAACGUUCUUACCCGCACGGCUGUGUUCUCCUCGCUCGUCUAUACGCGGCCGUGACAUCAUGAGCCCGUUCUUUUUGGGAUACUUGUACUUUUGCACGGCGAUAACUCUGAUCGUGAGUUUAGAUCCGUCUGAUGCGCACAUCGCCUUCUCGAAGAAAUAUAUAGAAACAUUUGAAAAUUGCACACAAUGUAGCUCUAAACAGAGUAAUUUGCGCUGCACAGAAAACCCUGACGGACCCGGAUGUAUAGUUUGCUAUAAUCAGGUUUGCUGUUUCUGCAACGACUGUUCGUUUUGCUGGCACGCGGAGUGGCAACUGAUAUCAAUGACAUAUAUGAGUAUUUCUAUAUUAUUCUUGCUCGGUAUUACUGGCUUAUUCUUAAUGUACUGCAAAUUAUGUAAUAGGGCCAGGCAGCCAGCGCGCUGUAGGGCACAGCAAGAGCUGAACGGUACUACACGCUGCAACACCGUUGAAGAUUUACGGGAGAGACCACCAUUGUACAGCGAAGUCUGCGGCGCUCCUCCACUCUACACAUCACCCUAUAACAGGGUGUCCAUGCAAGAUGCUCCGCCGAGGUAUCCGGAUACACCAAAAGCUCAGGAAACAUGCCGAUGCGUUUCCGUGCCUGCCCCUCCUGUCGUUCAACACAUAUAACGAUUCUUCUGAAUAAAUGCACGUACAAAGCAACUCUCGUGCGUUGUCUGUAUAUAUAUUGUUCUCAAUAAAACUCACGCCGAUUCAUUUCGGGAAAGACUGCUACUCUGACUCGACUACUCAAGAGACUAAUCGCGCUGCCUGAUACAGUAGGAUAUUAAUUGAAUAUUAUCCACUUUAUUUUAAGUAUUGUAAUUUAUUGUACAGUUUAACACUAAGUAAGUGUUAAUAAUAUAGGCUACUAAUUGGGUAGGAUAUAAUUAAAUCCUGAGACGCUAAUUAGCAUACGGAGAGAGAAUUUUAUAGUAAAAAUUAGUAUGGAAUUUUGUAAAUAAGGGACAUAUCGACACAUUCUGCCUUAAUUUAUUGUCUUUCUGUUUCACAUGUGCUAUUUAUAUUUCCAGAACUGUGUACAAUAUACUAUUAAAGAAUUUAAUAAGGAAUUAGAAUAGCAUUAGUAAUAGUACUACAACUAGAAAUGUACUAGAAAUGAUAAUGUAAAAUAUAAUAAAAGUGUAUUAUUAUAAAAAA